GAGGCAGCGGCACGGCGGGCGCGACGCGGCGGGAGGGGACAACAUCAGGGCAGGAGGCAAGCGGUCAAUCGAAAAGAGCCCCGCACAACCAACAAAAUGCUGUCCUGGCGGCUGCAGACGGGUUCCGAAAAGGCCGAGCUUCAGGAGCUCAACGCUCGCCUUUAUGACUACGUAUGCCGGGUGCGGGAGCUGGAGCGCGAGAACCUGCUGUUGGAGGAGGAGCUGCGCAGCCAGCUGAGCCGGGAGAACCUCUGGAUCGAGGACCAGGCGCGCUUCGCCGAGGAGGCGCGCAGCCUGCGGCAGCAGCUGGAUGAACUGAGCUGGUCCACCGCGCUGGCCGAGGGCGAGCGCGACGCGCUGAGGAGGGAGCUGCUGGAGCUUCAGCGGGAGGGCGCGGAAGCCAGCUCUGCCCGCAGCCGCCUUGACGCAGAGCUGGGCGCGCAGCGGCGGGAGUUGGAGGAGGCACUGGCAGCACGCGCCGCCCUCGAAGCACUGCUGGGCCGGCUGGAGGCUGAGCGCCGGGACCUGGACGCGGUCCACGAGCGCCAAGUGCGGGAGCUACGUUCCCGCGCCGCCAGCCUCACUAUGCACUUCCGAGCCCGCGCCCCGGGCCCCGCCGCGCCCCCGCCGCGCCUACAGGACGUGCACGACAGUUAUGCGUUCCUGGUGGCCGAGUCGUGGCGGGAGAGCGUGCAGCUUUACGAGGACGAGGUGCGCGAGCUGGAGCAGGUGCUGCGCCGUGGCCAGGAGAGCCGGCGCCAGGCGGAGGACGAGGCACGGCUGUGCGCGCAGGAAGCAGACACGCUGCGGAACCAGGCGCUGGAGUUGGAGCGGCUGCGCGCGCGGCUGGAGGAUGAGCUGAUGCGGAUGCACGAGGAGUACGGGAUGCAGGCAGAGGAGCGGCAGAGAGUGAUUGACAGCCUGGAGGACAAGAAGGAAGCCCUCACCUUGGCCAUGGCUGACCGGCUGCGGGAGUACCAGGAACUUGUGCAGGUGAAGACUGGCCUCAGCUUGGAGGUGGCCACCUACAGAGCCUUGUUGGAAGGAGAAAGCAAUCCGGAGAUACUGAUCUGGACUAAGAACAUUGAAGACCUGCCACAAGAGUCCAGAAGUGCAUCCUAUCACUAUACCAACUCAGUACUGCAGAGGAAAAAUGAGAGAAAUCUAUUUCCAAAGCAAAAACCACUUUGGGCAGCUGAAAAUCACAGCUCAGCUCUGUUUUCUAACAGGCUAGGGCACCUUGAAUCACAGACAACCUCAGCUGCUGGGAGUACUGCCAGAAGGGGGCGCCUGCCCUCUGGGUGUUCUUUGUCGGCUACAGCCUUGCAGCAAAAGGCCUUUGAGAAGACUGUCAGCAACCAAGCCAGUCUCAGACCUGUCACUCCAACCCAAGACCUUCUAGGAAACACCGAUGCUCAAGGGAAAACAUUCCUCGAUAGAUCCAAGGUUGGCGGCACCAGGGACACCCCCACACGGCUGGCCACAGAGUCCAUUACUGUCAGAGAGUCACACAAAGAUCACCGGGGCAACGUGGCGGCAGGUGCUCAGUCCAAUGAGAGAACCGUCAUUUUGGGAAAGAAAUUAGAAGUGCAAGCCACUAGAGAACAAGAAAGGGGAGGAUCCGGGGUCACCAAAUUAAAGCCAGAAGGGAAAAUGUUUGAUUCUAAAGAGAAGGGAUCAGAGGAAAGAAACCUGAGAUGGGAAGAAAUGACCAGGCUAGAUAAAGACGCAAGGAGAGAAAGCCAACGGAGGAUGGACGAGCCCAAAGAGAAGACAUCACCAAAGGAGGGAGGUGUGAAGGAAAGGGAAGUGCCCAUCCAUCUGCAAGUAUCCCGGGGCAGCAGAACAGAAGUGUCCACAAAAGGCGUGCAGUCGCCCGGGAGGAAGGAUGCUGCUGACAGUAGGGAAGAAAGAGGGGCAGAAGCAAAAGAGACCAAGUUCCGGUUGGAUACCCAGGACACCGCCAUCUCCCUGCACAGUGAUUCUACAACGGAGACCAUAGCAGACAACAUCGUCACCUCCAUCCUCACCCAGUUCUCUCAGUCUCCAGAUGCUGAAGAGAACGCCAGCUCUUUGCCAGACACAAAGGUCACUUAUGUGGAUAGGAAAGAACUCCCUGGCAGAGGGAAAACCAAGACAGAAAUCGUUGUGGAGUCUAAGCUGACAGAAGACAUCGAUGUUUCUGAUGAAGCUGGCCUGGAAUACCUUUUAAGCAAGGGUGUCAAGGAAGUGGGACUGAAGGGCGAGUCAGCUGAGAAGAUGGUAAGUGAGAUGAUCAAUGUCGGUCUGAGAGGAAGGGAGGGGAGAGCCAAAGUUGUAAAUGUGGAGAUCGUGGAAGAGCCCGUGAGCUACACAGGUGGCGGGAGAACGGAGUUUCCUACCCACUUCCACGUAGAAGAAGUCGAUGACGUGUCUCCCAGCCCCAAGGGGUUUGUCGUGGAAGAGGAUGGUGAUGGAGAGACCCAUGUGGCAUUCUCGAUGCAUCAAGAUCAAAGGACCAAGCAGCCCCAGGGGAGCAUCCCUCAUGUGGAAGAAGUGAUGGAGGCAGGUGACUCAGAGGGUGAGCAGAGUUACUUUGUGUCUACCCCAGAUGAGUACCCUGGGGGACAUGACAGAGAAGAUGAUGGUUCAGUGUACGGGCAAAUCCACAUAGAGGAAGAGUCCACCAUCCGGUACUCAUGGCAAGAUGAGAUUGUGCAGGGGCCUUGGAGAAGGAAAACGGGAGACGGCUUAGGGGAAGAGAAGCACGUGAAGGUCCUCGAGAUUCCAGCACCUUCCCUGGGAGGUGCCGUUGGUUCUGCUCACUUGAAGGAAGAAGCUAGUGGUGAAUUGCAUGCAGAACCCACGGUCAUUGAGAAAGAGAUCAAAAUACCACAUGAAUUCCAUACCUCCAUCAGGGGUGUCUUCACCAAUGAGCCCCGGCACCAGCUGGUGGAGGUCAUCGGGCAGCUGGAGGAAACCUUGCCUGAGCGCAUGAAGGAGGAACUGUCUGCUCUGACCAGACAGGAUCAAGGAGAGCCAGGGAGUGUCUCCGUGGAUGUAAAGAAGUUCCAGCCCUCUGCUAGUGGUUCAGUGACUUUGAUGGCUGAAGUCAACCUCUCCCAGACCGUGGAUGCUGACCAAUUAGACCUGGAAGAGUUGAGCAGGGAUGAAGCUGGGGAGAUAGAGAGGGCUGUGGAGUCGGUGGUAAAAGACAGCUUGAGCAAGUGCUCCAGCCCGAUGCCUAGAAGCCCAGACGGGGAAGAUGGAGAGGAGGAGGUGCCUGCUGGGGGCAUCCGCUUCAAACGCUGGGCCACCAGGCAACUGUAUAGCCCAUCGGGUGAGACAGAUGACACUGGCUGGGCCCCUCACAGCUCAGAGCAGCGUGUUUCCCAGGGCCCAGUGUCGGCCACCGUGGAAGUCACCAGCCCGAUGGGUUUUGCAGAGUCUCAUGUGCUGGAGGAUAUAAGCCAGUCUGUGAGACAUGUUAAACUAGGCCCCACUGAAAUGUGGGGGACUGAGCAGGUAUCCUACGGGGGACCCACCGCACAGGUGGUGGAGGUAAGUGGGGACUUGAGUGAGGCAAUUAGCUCUGAGGGUGCCAGCCGCUCUGUGAGGCACAUUACACUGGGUCCCCAUCAAAGUCAUGUGUCCACUGAAGUCACCGUCCAAGGCUCUGUGCCUGCCUGGCGGGAAGCCCGAGACACAGGAGAGUGUGGCCCAGCAGCAUCAUCUGCACAAGCAGACAUAUCCAGGAACCACAGAAUGCCUGGUUCUGAGCAGUUUCAUGCUGAAAAGGAAAUUCACUUUCUGGGGACAGCCCAGGCUGGUAAUAACUUUGCACCUGAAGAGGCAGUGGGUACCCAGACUUUUGUUAGGCAUCUCCAGUUAGACCCCAAAGAAGGGUUCAGAGAAGAAAUCCAGUUCAUAGCUCCCAUCCCAGACAAAGUGGAGUGGGGGAUAGAGGAGGACUCCAAUCACACCACGGUGUCUCUAGGGAGGAGUACCUCCAUCCUUGUGGAGGGCUCAGCGGGUAUGACACAGGCCACUCACAGUUUCACCUCAGGUAGAGAAAUCAUCAGGAACCAAGAACACACAUUCCAGAGGGUCAUUUCUGAGUCCCCUCCGGACAGUGUGGGAAACACAGGCAUCAGCAGAUCGUUUAGGCACAUUCAGAUAGGCUCUACAGAAAAGGGACCCUCUGAACACAUUGUCAUCCACGGACCCAUAUCUAAAACAUUUGUACUCGAUGGUUCAGUGGCCUCCCCUGAGCUAGGUGGGCCAGCUGGUGACUGCAGUACACUAAGCCACAUUGCACCAGGGCCCAAAGAAACUUCAUUUACUUUUCAGAUGGAUGUGAGUAACACAAGGGCGAUCCGCAGCUGGACCCAAGAUGCAGGGUCAGAAGUGGAAGCUCACAGUGUGUCUGACCAUGGUGGCUGGAGAACUGCUCACAGUAGGGAUGAGCAGGCAGUCAGCUUGAGCUCUCAGGCCUCCGCUGGGGAUGGACACCAGAGCCGUGGAGAGGAAGGCAUGGAGCAGGCUGGAUUUGACAAGACCGUGCAGCUGCAGAGAAUGGUAGACCAGAGGCCGGUGGCUUCAGAUGAGAAGAAAGUGGCCCUUGUCUAUCUAGACAAUGAGGAGGAGGAGGACGAUGGAUGGUUUUGAUAAGCGGAGCUAUCUCAUCUUAAAUGCACUUUUGGAAAACAUGUUAAUAUACAAAGCCUUUAACAUACCAAUAUACAAAGCCUCUACUAAUCGCAUGGAGGAGAGGGAGGCUGGUUAUUAGUACCUUUAUUUAGAGAACCCUAGGUGGAGUCAGUUUGCUUUAGAAUUCACUUGUAAAGGUUUUCGAUUGGCUGUGGCCUUUUAAGGCUUUGGGAUUUUUGCAUUUGAGUUGGGACUUUUGCAGACACUUUUCAUCUUUUUAGUCUUAAAAGGUCCAUUUCUCUAAAGCUUUCUCUCCACACGUGGAGAGAGUUUGUACCAGUUUUGCACCAGGUCACAGGCGUGGCUUAUUGCUCUUCUACUAUUUAUCUAUAAGCAAGACACCUUAAUAUAAACAUUAAUCAGGUUAAAAUAACAUACUUAAGGGUAGGUUUAGUUUGCAUGUGCUAAUAUCAAAUAGUAAACUAACACUGUAAAGGAAAAUACGUGGAUUUUUCUCUUUCCUAAGUCUUUUCAAAAAGAAAUUAUAGAAGGGCUGGGGAGAUGGUUCAGUGGUUAAGAGACUAUACUGCUCUUGCAUAGGACCUGACUGAGUUCAGUCCCCAGCACCCACAUCAAGUGGCUUACAACCACCUGUAACUCCUGCUCCAGGGGAUCUGAUGUCCUUUCUGGCCUCUGCCGGCACCUGCACUCAUACCUACACACACACACACACACACACACACACACACACACACACACACACAGAGGAACAGAAAUAAAUCUUAGCUGAACAGGGCAGUGGUGGCACAUGCCUUUAAUCCCAACACUCAGGAGACAGAAGCAGACAGAUCUCUGUGAGUUUGAGGGCAGCCUGGUCUACAGAGUGAGUUCCAAGACAGCCAGGGCUACACAGAGAAACUCUGUUUCCAAAAACCAAAAAGGAAAAAAAAUAUAGAAAGUAAGCAAGACUGUAUGUUUGAAAAAAAUCUACUAGAUGAUUUAAAAAAAAAAGUUACUUAUAAAAGAUUUAAAAAUCUUUUGAAUCGGUUGAAUAAAUUGCUUUCUAUGUACAGAA